AUGGCGGCGGCCCGGGGCCCGGGCCCGGAGGCGUUGCCGGUGCGCGGGCUGCCGGAGGCGGCGCGGGCGGCGCUGCGCUCGGGGCUGGGCGUGGCCUCGCUGGGCCGCUGCGUGGAGGAGCUGCUGCUGAACAGCCUGCAGGCCGGGUGCGCGUGCGCGGCGGUGCGGGUGCACGCGGCGGCCGGUCGCGUGCAGGUGGCCGACAACGGCCGGGGUCUGUCGCGCGCGGCGCUGGAGCUGGCGGGCGCGCGCUACCACAGCGGGGCCGCGCGGGCCGGGCUCGGGCUCGGGGCCGGGCCCCGCGGGGAGGCGUUGGCCAGCCUGGCCCACCUGGCCGCGCUGCUGCUAAUCGAGUCCCGGGCUCGAGGCCAGGCCGACACCUGGGCCAAGGUCUUCCGCAACGGCCGGGCCCGGCCCGUCAGCCCCGCCCUGAGCGGCCGCCCGAGCUCCGGCACCACCGUCACCCUCAGCGGCCUCUUCCACCGCCUGCCGGUCCGGCGCCGCCGCCUGGCCCGCGCCCUGGAGUGGGAGCGGCUGCGGCGCGGCCUCGAGGCCCUGGCGCUGCUGCACCCGCGCGUCUCCUUCACGCUGCGGGACGAGGCGGGCGGCGGCGGCGGGACGGGGGCGCUGGUGGUGCGGCUGCCCCGGGCCGGAGGCCUCCAGCCCCGCUUCGCGCAGCUGCACGGCCCCGUGGCCGCCGCCUCGCUGGUGCCCGUCCAGCAGCGCGGCCCCGACGGCCUCCGGGUCAGCGGCUUCAUCGGGCGGUGCGGCCACAGCAGCAAAGCCCGGCAGCUGGUGUUUGUGAACGAGCGGCUGGUGCUGAAGACACGGCUCCACCGGCUGCUCGACACGCUGCUCCGGGGGCGGCUGAGGCCCGAGGCGGGAGGCCCCAAACCCCGCGCCGCCGCCGCUUUACACCCCGUCUAUGUGCUGAACCUCGGCUGUGAGGAGGCGGCCUAUGACGCGUGCUGGGAGCCGGGCAGGACUCUGAUCGAGUUCCUGGCCUGGGAGCCGGUGCUCAGCUGCCUGGAGGCCGCGGUUCAGGAUUUCCUACAGCGGGAGGGUCUCCUCCCCGCGGAGCCUGAGCAGCUCCCGGUGUCUCAGGGGGAGGCUGGGCCGGGGGCAGCCUAUGGCAACACCGCGCUGCAAUCUCGGGCCGUGUACCGGACAGAUGUCUGUGUGCCAGAGCCUGUCAGCCCCUGUGUACCCGAGCCCGGGCCUGUCAGCCCCUCUGUACCCCCAGACUGCUGGUCUGAUAGCUUUGCACAGGAUCCUGAAGUGGCUGUUCACUGCCCCUCUCCAGAUGAAGGACAGGCUUUAGACCUUUGCCCAAUAGAUGGUCAGCAGCACUCAACACCAGCUUCGGGGGGCCAGGGCGCAACAGAUAGCGAGUCAGACUCCGACACCAGCCUUGAGGCUCAGUGUCAAUCCUUGGGGAAGUUGGGGGGUAACAGAUGCUUCAAUGCAAUUGGAUAUAAAGCAGAACAGGCAUUGGACCUGAACGGGCAGAACACAGGGUUAAAGAACCAAAGGCAAACCAGGAGCAUUCCUGAACUGCCAGGGCUCCACUGUGACUUUCCUCAUCUCCUGCCCCAGAAGAUAGAACCAGGCAAAAGAAAGAAAAUUUAUCUACGCAAAACUCCUCGGUCUGGUCUCUUCGGAUCCGUAACUGCCCAAGAGGGAGAGGCUGAGGUGCGGCCUGGAAAUUCAGCCAAAAGGAUUACAGCAUCAGGGGUGAGAGACUUUGUCACCAGCAACAGGAGAAGUCAAAAUGGCAGAGCAUCCUGGAACCGCACUGGGCUGGGAAGGGAGGUUAACCUCCCAAAGCUCUUCAAAACCUGGGAGCAGGUUGACCUAAAGGUUAGCGGGGGAUGUGUUACUGCUUCCAGCACAGCCACCUACCCACAAUCCAGGUUUCACAGGAAACUGAGUCUUUCUCUCAUGACUGGAUCUCUGGAUGUAUUUAGAAGAAAGUUUGGCAGAAAGGACAGUAGCAGUGAGAAACAGGAGCCUUGUGCUGAGGGUUCCACAGGCAUUGACAAUGAUAUAAGAGUUCCAGUUAGUUUGGGACAUUCAAUAAAUGAUGGGAAUGCAAAGGACAGAUCAGCAUCUGCAGACCCUAGUGCCCCUGGACACUGCUCCCACAGUGACAGCUUAGAAAGUUACCAGGGGAACGAUAGGUAUUUGAAGAGAUGGAUUUCUAAAGCCAAUGAUUCAAUACUCACUGAAAGGCAGAAUCCCAUUACACUGAAGGGUUAUUCACAAUCCAGAACGUUUUUGUCUGCUACUAAGUCCCAUCGAACCCUGGCAGCAAAGUUGUCAGUGAUGAAGGGGUUUAAGAAAGGCACUGACACCAGUACUGAUUUGGCACAGUGUGAACAGCUACAACAUCUGCAGCCUUCAUGUAAACAUGUCUCUCCAGAAACCUGUCCAGCAGGCAAACUGAUUUCAGGAAGCUUUGACCUGCAGGGCACGGUGGAGGAAGAUCAGUGUCCUGAAAUGAAUAACUUGGCCAUUGGGCAUGCAAUACCUGAAAACCGGUGUGCAAUUAUUGAGAACAAUUUUCCUAACCCAUCUUGUGCUGGAGAAGCAAUAGAGAUUGGAACUGACCACCACGGCUGUGACCCUGCCCCCCACCGGGGCUCAGGAGGUGAAGCUGUUCCCCACCAGCGUUCGGAAGAUGCUCGAAUUCAACCCCCAGAUGAUAGUAUGAUUGAUGGUGCCAGUGAAGGGCAUUUGAGUGAGUGUGUGAGAGGUUCUUUUAGAGCCACGUGGACUGAAACCCUUGGUGUUCACUUUACCAAAGAAGCUAUUGAGACCUCGCUUUGUGUAUCCCAGAGUGAUGUUUUUAAAGAUUGUGCCUCAGACUGGCUGCAGUAUUUUGAUGCUACUCUUGGGAGGAUGGUGUACGUGAACACGUUAACCGGAUUAAGUAGUUACGAAGCUCCCCCAGAAUGUGAGACACAGACUGCCUGCACAAAGGACUUCACAACAAUGGCAGUCAAUGUCAUCACUAGGACUGGAUUCCAGUAUCAAUGCCAUCCGUUCCGCACUGAUAAUGUACUCCCCUUCCUCCCUCGUGAUGAGAGACAGACGCUAAGACUUGAUAAUAAAGGUGUUCCGGUCGCCUGUGGUGACCUGCUGCAAUCCUUGUUUGUGGAAUGGAAGAAUCCAGUGUUUCCCCGAUGCCCAGAGGUGGCUGUUGAUGUAAGUAGCAGCAAUGCUGUUGGGUUGGCAGUGAAGAUCCACAACAUUCUGUAUCCAUACCGUUUCUCCAAGGAGAUGGUCAGCUCAAUGCAGGUACUUAACCAGGUGGAUAAUAAGUUUGUUGCAUGUUUGAUGAACACAAGGGAUGGGAAAGACUCCACACCAGGGGGUAACCUGCUGGUGUUGGUGGAUCAGCAUGCGGCUCAUGAGCGGGUCCGACUGGAGCAGCUUAUUGCAGAUUCCUAUGAGCUGGUGCUGGGGUGUCGGAGACUGUGCACCUCGACAGUGUGUCCCCCAGUGCAGGUCCACGUCAGCCAGGAGGAGGCCAGAUUACUACGGACCUGUUUGCAGCAUGUGGAGAAGGCGGGGCUACAGCUACAGAUCCGAGACACAGAUUACCCUCAGGUCUUGGUCAGGAAGGUACCAGCUUGUUUCAUCGAAAGAGAAGCCAAUGAAAUUCGGAGGGGACGACAGACCAUCGCUCAGGAACUUGUGGAGGAGUUUGUUCGAGAGCAGAUUGAGGUACUUCAGUCCACAGGCGGGGCCCAGAGUAUGCUGCCACGCACAGUCCUGAAGGUGUUAGCAUCACAGGCUUGUCACGGUGCUGUGAAGUUUGGGGAUGGGCUGCGAGUAGAGGAAUGUCGGAGCCUGAUCCAGGCGCUGGCGGCCUGCGACCUGCCGUUUCAGUGUGCGCACGGCAGGCCCUCCAUCUUGCCUCUGGCAAACCUGGACCAUCUGGACACAGAAACACAGAUUCACCUGAAGCCCAAUCUACACAAGUUGAGGACGAUGCAGCAGAAACAUGGAGCACAGGAACUGCUUAAUCUGGAAUAUCACAGCUGAGGCUGCGGCACAGGGAGCAGGGAACCUACAGCUAGGAUCCUGUCCCCUUGGGGCGGGCGAGCGAGCACUGAGAUGGUGUGAAGUGGAACCUUCCCUCGACAGGAGCUGGACUGAGGCAGUGCUGCCCUGAACAUCUUCACUGGCGGAGGCUGAGCUGCGGUAUGGAUUGUGUUUGUACACCAAUCGAUUGCUUCGAAUUCUGUUUCAUCAAUUCACGACAUUUUAUAUUAAUUUAUUAAAAUAUUUGGGACCUGCUA